AUGGGACGCCGGAAAACGAUGACGAUGGACUGGGACGGCCUUGGCGAUGAUGACGACGACGAUGCCUUCUUCGAGUCAUACAGCCGCCUCUCCACCGCCGCCCCCCUCGACCUCGCCUCCUCCUCCGACGAUGACGACGACUUCGAUGACCCUCGCCUCUCCUUCGCCUCAGCCAUCUCCUCCUCUCCCUCGCGACAAAGCAGCGUCUCUCCCACCAAGGAUGCUGCUCCAGAUUACGGCAUAUGGAUGGCGGGCCCCGUCUCAAUCGACGAGCGGCGAAAGCGUUUGCUCCAUGGCAUGGGCCUGGACGAGGACAAAGAGUUCUCAAAAACCACGCCCGUGGAACUCGGUCAAUCAGUUUCAAAGCCCACCAACCCCGUUUCCUCCCAAAAAUCAACACUUCCGUCUACUUGCGCUAAUCCCGUUACCGUUUCAACGACGACUGUUACCGAUUCAACGACGCCGGUUUCCGAGACAACGACACCGGCUGCCGUUUCGACAGAGAAGAUAUCUUCGGGACACGCCUCUCAUCAGUUAGUUCUUGUUCGUUCGCGAUCCGAGGGAGACAUCGAGUUGUUCUCAUUGGAGGGGUCGCGAAGAGAAGAUUUCAUCGGAAAGUGUUCGAAGCAGCGGUUGACAAGAACCCGGACGGAGGUGUUCGUCCAGCGCGCUCCGCCGGGAACGAGAAACAGAGUGGUGUUGAGGGAUUCCGACGAAGCACCGCAGUCCAAGCCGAAAAGCACGAAAGUUGGGGAUCGGGAAGUGCGAGCGUUUUUCCUGAUAAAGAACUUGGACACGGGGAAGGAGUUUAUUGUGAACGAAUGCACCGAAAGCGGUGCGUGGAACAGGCUGAGUGAUUUGCAGACGGGGAAGCAGUUAACGAUGGAUGAAUUUGAAACUUCGGUGGGGAAAUCGCGAGUGGUUAACGAGUACAUGCGACGUGGUACGAGGAGCGAGAGUUUGUCGCGGAAGCUGACUUCGAGUUCGUACAUUUCGAGGAGUUUAAGGAUGAGCAAGAGAAGAGGGGUUGCGUUUCUGAAGAACAUAAAGGGCGUGGCGAGUGGGUUCAUUGGGGAGAGAGAGGCUGCGGCGGCUAACGCAGCCGCUGCCUCCACGGCGGCGGAGAAGGGUCAGUGGGUGCGAGUGCGGCAGAGCGGGAAGUCGCACAAGGAGGUGUCGGCGUUGCAUCUGUGUCAGGAGCUUCAGGGGCACGAGGGGUCGAUUUGGACGAUAAGGUUCAGUUUGGAUGGGAGGUUUCUGGCGAGUGCGGGUGAGGACAAGGUGAUACACGUGUGGGAAGUACAGGAGUGUGAGGUUAUGUCGUUGAAGCUGGACGAGGGGAGUUUCACACCUCUUCACCCCUCCUCCCUUGCCUCCAACGACGGUAGUCCUUUCUCUCCGGCGGCGGCUGACAAGAAGAAGAAGGGCAAGUUCGGAAGCAAAAAAGGUCCCGCCAUUCCUGACUUUGUUCAUGUUCCUGAAACUGUCUUCUCACUCUCCGACAAACCCUUCUGCACUUUCCAAGGACAUUCAGAUGAUGUUUUGGAUUUGUCAUGGUCUAGAUCUAAGCAACUUCUCUCUUCUUCAAUGGAUAAAACGGUCAGAUUAUGGGACUUGGAGACUAAGACUUGCCUGUACAAGUUUCCCCAUAGUGACUAUGUAACCUGCAUACAAUUCAAUCCUCUGAAUGAUGAUAUUUUCAUAAGUGGUUCGCUGGAUGCUAAGGUCAGAAUAUGGAGCAUUCCUGAACGCCAUGUUGUGGAUUGGAUUGAUAUCAAUGAAAUGGUGACUGCACUGGCCUUUACACCUGACGGUCAGGGUGCUUUUGUUGGUACCCACAAGGGUGGUUGUCGUACAUAUAGCACAAAAGAUUGCAAACUAACUCAAACAGGAACAAUUGAGAUUCGAAACAAGAAAUCCCUACUAAGAAAGGUCACAGGUUUUCAGUUUGUUCCUGGCAAACCAUCAGAAAUUCUUGUAACUUCAGCCGAUUCCAGAAUAAGAAUAUUGGAAGGUUCAGAAGUAGUUCAAAAGUACAAAGGUUUUCGAAAUGCAAACAGUCAAAUUGCAGCUUCCUUUACUCCAGAUGGAAGAUAUAUUAUAAGUGCAAGUGAAGAUUCUGAAGUAUAUGUGUGGAAGCGUGAAGAGCAUAGAACUGCAGGCAGUGGAAAAUUCAAAAGUGUGCUAGUUACUCGUGCUCACGAGCACUUCCAAUGCAAAGACGUUUCAGUAGCAAUACCAUGGAAUUGUCCCGUCAAAGGUGACCCGCUGCUAGGGCCAGUGGCUUCCAAAAGGCAUUCAAAACGUUAUCUGGGAGGUUCUAUUGGUGGGGAAGAAACACCAUCGCCAUCUUCUGCAAACGGUAGUAAGAAAACUCUUCCACCACUUCCCAGGAAAAGCAAUAGUCUUAACUUCGAAGGAGCUUCAAAUUCCCCUAGGGAAGAAGCUGCAGUAAUUUUCCAUGCAGAAUCAGGACUCGGAGAUUCAUUUGGUAACUGUAAGAGAACGAUGCCUCGGUCUCCAAUGAAAAACUGCCACACCGCAGAGGAAGAUGAGCUUGAACCAUUUUCACGCACAGAUUCAGGAUUUAGUGAUUCUUUUAGAACUGCAUCAUCUUCAUCUAGGUGCAGUGAUGCACUUUCUUCAACUGCGUCAUUUUCUUCAGCUUAUUCAUCAUUGGACGGUGGCCAUGUUUCCUCCACGGCAUGGGGUUUGGUAAUUGUGACAGCUGGGUUAGGAGGUGAGAUCAAAUGCUAUCAAAAUUUUGGGUUGCCUAGAAGGAUUAGACAACCUCAUCUUUUUGGAAGCUAUAAUAGUUUUACUAACAUUUAG